CACUCAGCACAUGCCUUUAUUAGAAAGCAAAUUUUUAGAAACCACAUAAUUCUUGAGGUACUGGGGCCUCACUCUAUUCCUUUUGGCUGUCACUUUUGAGGAAUGUGCCUUUCCUCCUCUUCACUUUCAUGACAGUAGUUGUGUACAGAAUAAAACCAUGGAAGACUUUGUCUAUCACCACCACAACCACAACCUCAAACUCAAAUACAAACGCAAGAUCUGCUCUUUCCUGAUUACCAUGGCAGAAUCAUUUCUCUUCGAUGUUGCCAAUUCACUGCUUGGGAAGGUUGCUUCUUUUGCCUGUCAAGAAGCUUCUUUGGCCUAUGGUGCGAAAGACGAUCUAGAACGUUUCAGAGAAUCUUUGUUAAUCGUCAGAGGUUAUCUACUGGAUGCUGAGUCCAGGAAAGACCAAAGUCAUGCUUUGCGGGAAUGGCUAAGGCAGAUUCAAAACAUUUGCUUUGACGCUGAAGAUAUAUUUGAUAUAUUUGAGUUGCAAGACAAGAGGAAGCAAAUUGUCAAAUCCUCUGGAAGCAUCACAAAGAAGGUAAGCCACUUGUUUUCUUCCUCUAAUCCAAUUGUAUUCCUUCCUAGGAUGGGACAUCAAAUCAAAGAGAUUACCGACAAAUUGGAGAAGAAAGCAGCCGAGGGGAAAACGUAUGGGCUUACAACUAAUCCCGAACUUGUUGUGCAAGAAAGAGAAUUGACUUAUCCUGACGUUAAUGUUUCACGUGUAAUUGGAAGGGAUAAUGAUAAAGAUGAAAUUAUCAAGCUUUUGAUGCAACCUUUUCCUCAGGAUGGAAAUGAUGGUGAUAAAAGCAUGUGUGUCAUUCCCAUUGUGGGAAUGGGAGGAUUAGGGAAGACCACACUUGCAAAGUUGGUGUUCAAUGAUGACACAAUGGAUCAGCUUUUCCAAUUGAAGAUGUGGGUGUGUGUCUCUCUUAAUUUUGACAUCAAGCAGAUAAUCAUUAAAAUCAUCAACUCAGCCACUACUGCAGAUUCUAAAGUAGCUUCAGCUCCAUUCACUCCUCAAGAGAACAUUGACAGCUUAGAUAUUGUGCAGCUAGUAAGUCGUUUAAAACAAAAACUUUCUGGUCAAAAGUUUCUACUUGUGUUAGAUGACAUAUGGAACGAAGAUCGUCAAAAGUGGAUUGAGUUGGAAGAUUUGAUCAAAGUUGGCGCACCAGGAAGCAAAAUAAUGGUGACAACACGUAGUACAUCUAUUGCUUCCAUGAUGGGUAAUGUUUCCUCAUAUGAAUUAAAAGGUCUUUCUUCAGAGGAAUGUUUAUCUCUAUUUGUCAAAUGUGCAUUCAAGGAAGGUGAAGAAAAAAGAUAUCUGAAUCUAGUGGAGAUCGCAAAAGAAAUUGUGAAAAAAUGUCACGGGGUUCCACUAGCCGUGAAAACAUUAGGAAGUUCUCUCUUCUCAAACUUUGAUAUAAAUAAGUGGGAAUUUGUCAGAGACUCUGAAAUAUGGAAUUUAGAACAAAAAAAAGAUAGUAUUUUACCAGCCAUAAAAGUAAGUUAUGAUCAAAUGCCAUCCAUUCUAAAACAAUGUUUUGUUUAUUUUUCCCUUUAUCCCAAAGAUUAUAUCUUUAAUAGUCUUGCAAUGUGUGAUCUUUGGGUAGCCCUUGGAUUGGUUCAAUCCCGAAAUGGAAGAGAAAAGCUAGAGCAUGUUGCAGGAAAAUAUAUUGAUGAGUUACAUUCAAGAUCAUUUAUUCAGGAUGUCGAUGACUUUGGCUUCUUUUGCCUGUUCAAAGUACAUCAUUUGAUACACGAUCUUGCAUUGUAUGUUGCAGGAAACGAGUUUGUGGCGGUAAACUCACAAACUCGACAUAUACCUCAACAAGCAAGGCAUUUAUCAUUUGUUGUUGAAGAUAAGUCAUUUGGCCAUGCUUUGUUCCCAGAGUCUAGAAGUGUGAGAAGCAUACAAUUUCCCAUCUCGGGAAUGGGUCUUGAGAGUGAAAGUGUUCUGAAUACAUGGCUGUCAAAGUACAAAUACUUGCGUUAUUUAAAUUUAUGUAACUCUUCUUUUGAAACUGUGCCCAAAUCAAUUGCAAAAUUGGAGCACCUGCGUUCUCUCGAUCUUUCUGGUAAUAACAAAAUCAAAACACUACCAAAUUCCAUUUGCGAACUCCUAAAUUUGCAAACUUUGAUGUUUGGUGAAUGCCCAGAGCUUGAAAAGUUGCCCAAAGGAUUAGGAAAGUUGAUUAACCUCCAUACUCUAUGUGUCGCUACAAAACAAUCUACUCUACCAUAUUAUGAAUUCGCUAGCUUGAACAAUCUUCAAACUUUGAUUUUUCAGGAUUGUGUCAAUCUAAAAUUUUUGUUCGAACAACCACUCCCUUCUGUUGAAAAACUGUAUUGCAUAUCAUGUGAGAGCCUGGAGCGCUUACCUCUCAUUACUUUUCCUAAAUUACAGACAUUAUGUAUUAAUGGUUGUCAGAUGUUAAACUUGUCAUUGGAGAAUGAAAACUCAAUCCAAAAGCUGAGGAUGAAACAUUUGUAUCUCUCUGAUUUUCCAAAGCAUCUAACACUACCUCAAUGGAUUGUAUGUGCCGUGGACACUUUAGAGAUCUUUUAUAUAGAAAAUUUUCCUAAUCUUCAAAUGCUUCCUGGGUAUCUUACUACAAUGACUCUUCUUAAGAGGAUCUAUAUUGUUAGUUGUUCUCAACUGUUGAGUCUUCCAAGUGGUUGGGAUCGGCUCACUGUACUUGAAGUUUUAUUCAUACAUGAUUGUCCUGAACUGUACCGAAAAUGUCAGCCUCAUUCUGGGGAGUACUGGCCCAUGAUUCGUCAUAUUAAAAACAUUCGCAUUCAAGAAGGAGAAAAGGAGGAGGAAUGAAGUCAUCAACCUUGGAAGUGUCAAGAUAGAUCAGUGGAAAAGCGAUAAGCAGCUUGAGGAGCCAGAAAAGAGAGCAGAUCAGUGGUUGAUGGCAUUUGAGAACAUGAAUGUCUAAUAGUUGUUUUUAUUAUAGGCUAGUUGUAUCAUAUGGUUCACAAAUGAGAUAUGUCUUGCGUAAUACACAAGUUAAUUUCUAACAUUUGAUCAAAUAAGAUUCUAAGACUUAUUGAUCUAAUGGUACAAAAAUAAAUGUGUUAUGGUAUAAGACAAAGUCUUUAUUUUAUAAUGUUUGAUGUUUCUUAAGAAUUCAAAAUGUUUAUUUUGUUUCAUGUUGGAUGUAUUUAAGAUUCAAAAUGUUGAUUUUGUUUCAUGUUUGAUGUAUUUUAAGAUUUCAAAAUGUGUAUAUCUUUUAUGUUAUAUUAACCGUUCUGAAAAGCAUAUGUAUGAAAACAUUUGUUCCAAUCAAUUCUUUCCUCCUACUGAAGCAAUGGAGGAAUGGUUAAUCUCGCCCAUGUUUUUAGAAAAUGACUUAAUUUUCUUCAUAAAAUAUUGUUUGAAAUACCUAACACUUUGGCUUGGCACUUACAGUUGAAAAGUUUCAACUAAAAUAUGUUGCAAUAAUAUGAAUUUUAAAAACAAGUAAUGAGUUAAACCUGUUUGUAUCCUUCAAAAUAUUUACAAUUUUAUUUAUAUAUGGUUCUUUCUUUUA